CCGUCAUGUUUUGUGUACUAGAGUAUAGUGUCUGUUAAGUAAAAUCGACAGUUGUUCUGCUACUCCGGGACGUUAAUCCCCACAAAGACGCCAUGACUGCACGGAUACCGACCCUGUCAACCUUAUCGACCAUUAUGAUGAAUGGUAGUUUUACUGAGGACUCACAUGUCUUAAAUGGGACAGGGUGCAAGCAGAGCGAGGGAAAUGCGAUACAUGUAGUAGGUACUAUCUUGUCCUUGAUCAUUAUUGUGGAAAACGCACUCGUCCUGAUGGCCCUCACCAUGGAGAGACGAAGAUUCAAACUUAUUCUCUUUGUGUUCAUUAACAGUCUAGCUGCAAGCGACCUUUUAAGCGGAAUUGUUUUCCUAUACACCUUUCUCUUCAACGAUCUGCUCUCGCUCGAAUUUACAGCAAGUGCUCCGAGUUGGGUUUUUCGCAAAGCAUUUUUGAUCGCUUCCCUGCUUGUAUCACUCGGCAGUUUGCAGUUAAUAGCUCUUGAUCGUUUCGUAUCCGUAGCUUGGCCACUAGAGCACGAAAAGUUCAUUAGCAGACGAAGAGCUGUGAUUCUGGUGGUGCUUAACUGGGUACUAGGGGCUGCACUUAUCAUAGCACCGGUUGCUGGGUGGAACUGCGUACAACAUUGCGUCUGUGAAACUGCAACACUUGACGGCUCUCCAAAUUGUCCCCACCCAAGCUGCUCACGCGUUUUCCCACCAAUCACGAACGACUAUAUCAUCACGUGUGUGGUGAUAUUCUUUAUCGUCACAAUAGGCAUUGUCUUGUGCAACGCUGGCGUAUUCUGGAAAGUAAAGUCACACUUCGCGCGGAUGGCGGUUACACGGAAGUCAGCGAAAUCAAAGCGUGAAGAGAAGAAUCUAGCGGUUUUCAUGGUCCUAGUGUUCGUCGUGUUCAUUCUGUGCUGGAUGCCCUCUGUCAUUCUGCUUUGCAUCGAUUCCAGUAUGCCGAGCGUUCGAAUCUCAGACGAUCUAUUCGACAUCUGCUCCUUUCCAGCAUUGCUUAACUCGAUAAUUAACCCCUGGUUGUACGCAAUCAAACUCAAGUCUUGCAGGACCGUUCUUGUACAAUGGCUUUGUCGGUGCAUGAAGCAAGAAAAACGAGACAAAAUUUUCCAAAUUAACAACUCUGUGCCUUCUGUCGUAGCAACCAAUAACAGAGCUUAUUCCGUAAACAAACCGUGCAUAGUUGUUCAGUCCGACCCGUCGCCUAAACCAACUAACGUGGCGAUGAAAGCGGACGUCAGCGCUGCAAACCAUCGAAUGGAGUUAAAGCCGUUGCAGCCCAACGUCGGGGAAUUUCAAAAUGUGGAAUCGGUGCGUAGCAGUUACUGUAGCGAUAGUGGGUGAAGAGACUUUGGAAGACGAAAGCAGCGACAUAUAAGAACAUAUAGUAAGAGCGCAGUACACGAUGAAACACUGGUGCAGCACAAUAACGAAGAAACGACAAACAUAAAUGGCUUGAACUUUUUGCGGUAGAUAAAAUUGUCGCUUAAGGUGGCUGUACACAGUAUUGGGUAUGCGAAUUCGCUUGCUAAGUCGUAUGCAAACCCAUUCUCGAGUUCCGCAUGCGGCAGCGAAAUCCGGACAAAACGGACGAAUUUGAGAUACUGUGUACAGCCACCUUUAAACGGCCUAGGAACGCCGUUGUGCAUGCCACAACCUCACCGUAUAAUAGGCACAGUACGUUUAAGCAGUUUGUAACAUGUACGCAUGAAUUAUACUUAAUCAACUAAAAUUAACACCCAUUGAAGACAUUUAAUAAAUAAACCACCUUUAAACCAA